CUCCAGCCCAUAAACCCACUCAUCUUCAUCAUCACCUCUCCAGCUCCCAUCCUCGCACCACCCGCCAUGUCUGAUGCGGACAGCCCCGUGAAGGCGCCUCCGCGCAAAAUCAAGCGCGUGAUAGAGUCGGAUGACGACGAGCCUGUGUCACCCAAGAAGUCGAACGGUUCCAAUGUUAUAUCACCACCUGCAAAGAAGGCGAAAGUAAAUGCGGACUUCUUCAAGCCAAAGAGUAAGCAGGCGAGAUCGGCGUCGCCAGAGAAGUCACCAUCUCCCAAGAAGGAGGCGAAGCCUGAAGCGAAGAGCGAAUCUAAGAAGGAGGCCGAAGUCGGAAAACGGGAGGAGGACAAGAAGGUGGAGAAGAGACCUGCGGCCAAUGGGAAGCCCCUAGCUUCGAUCUUCGCCAAGCCCGCAAAGAAGGAGGAACCAGAGGACAACGACGAAGCGUUCAUUAACGACGACGAGGAAGGCGAGGAUGAGCUCAGUGACGAGGAGCUCGAGGAGCAGGAGGAGAAGGCCGCUGUCAAGCUCGCAGCCAUCUUCACUAAGGACUUUAAAUCAAAGGUUGCCGACAAGGGCUGGAAGGAGGGCGAGCCUGUGCCGUAUGCCGCGCUUGUCGCAACAUUUGAGCAAAUUGAGGCUACAACAAAGCGUCUCGAGAUUCUCAACAUUCUCACGCAAUUCCUUCUCGUUGUGGCCAAGCGGGAUACUGACCCGGGGGGCACCAAUCUCCUCAAAACCGUGUACCUCUGUAUCAACAGGCUGUGUCCAGACUACGAGGGAUUGGAACUUGGUAUCGGCGAGAUGAUCCUAAUGAAGGCCAUCGCGGAGAGCACAGGCCGGAAUGUGAAGCAGAUCAAGGAGGACCUUAAGAAGGAGGGUGACUUGGGCAAGGUUGCGAUGGCAUCACGCAAUAACCAGAAGACGUUGUUCAAGCCCAAGCCACUAACCGUCACCACGGUGUUCCAGCGAUUGACUAACAUUGCCAAGACGUCGGGUAACCAGUCACAAGCGAAGAAGGUCGGCUUCAUCAACCAGCUCCUAUCCGCAUGCCAGGGCAACGAGGCCAAGUUCAUUAUCCGCAGUUUGGAGGGCAAACUGCGUAUCGGUCUCGCGGAGCGGUCGCUCGUCGUUGCGCUCGCGCACGCGAUUGUUUUGAAAGACAACGAGGGCAAGAAGCUGUCGCCGGAAGCAAUGUCACAGAAGCUGGACGAGGGUGCAGAGAUCGUCAAGGCUGUGUACAGUGAACUGCCGACUUAUGACAUAAUCGUGCCGGCUCUCAUGAAGGGUGGUGUUCACCACUUGAGAGAAAACUGCAAACUCACACCCGGCGUGCCACUGAAACCCAUGCUGGCUAAGCCGACGAAGGCCAUUACCGAGGUGUUGGACCGCUUCGAAGGCAAGAUGUUCACCUGCGAGUACAAGUACGAUGGCGAGCGUGCGCAGGUGCACCUUCUCGAGGAUGGCACCAUCGCGGUAUUCAGUCGCAACUCGGAGAACAUGAGCGCCAAGUAUCCUGAUAUGGUCGAGCAGAUCCCCCGCUGCAUCAAGGAGGGCGUCAAGUCGUUUGUCCUUGAUGCGGAAGCCGUCGCGUACGAUGUCCAGGAGAAGAAACUUCUGCCCUUCCAGGAACUCAGUCGGCGUAAACGCAAGGACGUGAAGGCAGAGGACAUUACAGUCAGGGUGCACCUGUUCGCAUUUGACCUUCUGUAUCUCAAUGGCGAGAGCCUGCUGCAGAAGGAGCUACGUGAGCGCCGCGAGAUCCUGAAGGAGCACUUCAACCCCGUUGAGAGCGAAUUCGGCUUCGCGAAGGCUUCAGAUAGUUCGAGCACGGAGGAGAUAUCCGCCUUCCUUGACGAGAGCAUCAAGGACGGCUGUGAAGGCCUCAUGGUCAAGAUGCUCACGACGGACUCGUCGACAUAUGAGCCGAGUCGUCGCAGUAUGAACUGGCUCAAACUGAAGAAGGACUACCUCGAGGGCGUGGGCGAUUCGCUUGACUUGGUCGUCGUCGGCGCAUACUACGGCAAGGGCAAGCGCACGAACUGGUACGGCGCAUACCUGCUCGCAUGCUACGACCCAGACUCGGAGAACUUCCAGACAAUCUGCAAGAUUGGUACGGGCUUCUCGGAGGAGCAGCUCAAGGCGCAGUACGAAGAGCUGCACCCGCUUGAAAUGUCCAAGCCUCGCGGCGACAUCGAGGUCGGCGGCGCUAAGCCAGAUGUGUGGUUUGAGCCCAAGAUCGUGUGGGAGGUGCUCACUGCCGACCUCUCGCUCUCCCCAGUAUACACGGCUGCCCAUGGACUGAUUGAGAGCCGCGGCAUCUCGCUCCGUUUCCCUCGCUUUAUCCGGCAACGCGAUGACAAGGAUGCUGACGAUGCGACGACUGCGGAGCAGGUGGCCGAGUUUUAUCAACGCCAAGCGACAGCCGGAAACAAGAAGGGCGGGGGCAACGCUGAGGAUUACUGGUGAUACUAUGCGAUGGUGGUCUGUAACAGUAUGCAGUGCAUUUUUUGGGA